AUGUGUCAACUCGAGCACAAGGUUUAUACGGUGUGUACACAUGUCUACGAGCAUGCUGUUCCGUGUACGUUGACUUCGAGGACGCGGGCUCGGUGUGACAACCCGGAGGUGAUUACUAGUGCAAAAUUCGGUUUCUGCCGAGAGUGCCGUGAUUUCUACACGCCUCUUGUAACUGACAGCCCUUACAUCAUCUUGAGCUACUGGGCUUACAAGGCUGAGCGUGGCAUUAAUUAUGCUGUUCAUCCUUCGUAUGUCCCUAGUGCUGAGCUUUUCUGGGUAUCUUGUGACCCUGCUGAAGAGUACCGGAAGCGUGUUCACUCUCCCCGUAAUGAUCUUUCCACCCUGGCCAAGGUCCUUCCUCGCUACAGAGGAGAGACACGGGAUGAGUAUCUUGAGCGCCUUCAGUAUAUCCGCCACGCUACAUUGGAGUGGGCUGGGCGAAGGCGCAGGGAGCGGAUUGAGAGUGAGGAGGUUGUCUACCCGCCAGCUGAUAACUCCCCCUCAAGACCGAGUCUGAGUGAGUCGUCGAGGCAAUCUUCUCAGAACUCCAUCACUGAUCGAGAAGCCCCACAGGUUCAUGAUGAGACUCUGGCUCGAUUAUGCGGAACCUGGACGGGCAUCUCUUCGAAGAACAACAUCGCUGAACCCAAGCGAGAGGUACGCUGGACACAACUGAGCGUUGAGUCAAAUCAGGCGAGCGAGAACCUUUUUCCCGAGUCCGCUGGGUUUUCUCAGAACAAUGAUUUUGCUCAGUUUUCUCCUGGAAUACAGCCCACUUCUCGGUUUUCAUUCGACUAG